AUGUUGAUGGUGGUGGGGAGAGGAAAAGGGAAAACAAUAGAAAAAAGGGGAUUUUUAACGGAUUCGGGAUCGAUUGGAAUCACAGGAUCAAAAAUUCAAACCCCAACGGAAUUCAAUGAAGAUUUUAAUAUUUUUUUAUCGAGUUUACCGAGCGUGACGAAAUUAUUGAACGGUGGUACUUCCGGUUCUUUAAGUGAAAAAGUUAAUAUCGAAAUACAAAUGGACGGUUUAAAAAGUGGUGCGAUAAAAGAUUUGGACGUUAAUAAAAUUGCCCAAGCUGUGAUGAGCCUUGAUGGUAUGAGAGGAAUGAAAGUUACUGUCGGUACGGGAAAGGAAAGUGCGACGGCAGGAGGUGUCGAAAGUUCCGGAGGUGAAAUUAUUUCAAAUAGUGUUUCGGAUGCUGUUUUAGCAAUUGCGGCGAGUGGUGCGGCGACGGCGGAAAAAGCAGGCACCGGUACGGGUAGUGCUGAAGUCGUUAGCCGAUCUGCUGCUGCUUCUGCUGCAGGAACUGUUGCGGGAAAAGUUUCGUCGGGAGUUGCUGCAAACGUUUCUUCGGGAGCUAGUGCGGUCGUUGGUACAAAUACUUUAGUAGAAGCUACCGUUCCGACUAUGGUUGCAAUGUCAGCAGCAGCAGCAGCAUCUGGAGGAGCUGGUUUAAAAAGUGGUACUGCAUCAUUGAAUUCUAAACUUGUAGAAGUUCCUGUUCGUAAAACCGAAACUUACUCUGAAUCUUCUUCGUUUGUCGUAGUUGCACAACCCCAACCGGUGCCAGUUACGGUGACCAAAACCUUGCCAGUGGAAGUUCCUCAACCUUACCCAGUGACAGUUUUGAAACCGUACAAGGUAAACGUACCUAAAAUCGUGCCAGUGACCGUUCUCAAGGCAGUACCCGUUCAUGUUCCGAAACCAAUAAGCGUACUGGUUCCACAAAAAGUACCAGUUUCAAUUCCAGAAUCUCAAUCCGUUUCUUUAACGGUUUCGAAUCCACUCUCGACUUCAGUAACAACAUCAAUCGCACAACAAGAAAUAAAACCUCAAGUUCAACCGGAACAAUUACAAUCAGAGACACUACAACAACUACAAUCGGGUAUACAAGAAAAACUACAAUCAGAGACAUUCAAUCAACAAUUGGAGCAAUUACAAUUGGAAAUCCAACAGAAAUUACAAUCGGAAACACUACAACAAUUACAACAACAACCAGAAAUUCAACAACAAUCUGAAAUCGUUCAACCGGAACAACAACAAAUUGUAAUGCAACCAGAGAUACAACAAAUGGUAAUGCAACCAGAGAUACAACAAAUGGUAAUGCAACAAGAAGUACAACAACAACCAGAAAUGCAACAGGAAUUACAAAAAACAGAAAUCAUUCAACCGGAAGUACAACAAAUCGUAACUCAACCAGAAUUACAACAAAUGGCAAUGGAACAAGAACUCCAAAAAAUGAUGGUACUACAACAAGAAUUAACACAACCGGAAAUGGAAACGGCUUUACAAGAACCAGUAACCCAAUCAACAGUAAAGCAACCACAGAUCCAACAUGAAUUAUUACAACAAACAAACGUGCAAUCGGUGAAUCAAUAUCAAAAUGCUCCGGAAUUGUCAUAUACGAUACCAUUAACAUCAUCACAACUUUACGAAACAAAUUUUCAUUUAACCGGAAAUGAACUAACAACAACAACAGCAACAACCAAUCUCUUAUCACAAAAUUUAAAUUACAAUUUCGGUAAUAUAAUCCCAGAAUCUUUAGAACAUUUAAAUCCACAUACCAAAUUCUUAUCAAAUCAUAUCAAUUACGGCGGCCUUUUUUAA